CGCCACGCGUGCCGAGGGGGUCGCCGGGAGCGCCGCCAUGUCGGACUGGGAGGAGAGCAGCGACGAGGAGGCGCUACAGCCGCCGCCAUUUUGUGCGGUUGACGCCGCGCCCCCGAGGCAGCCGCCGGCGCACUCCCGCGCCUCUGUGGAGGGCGCAGGGGGACGAAGGAGCUCUGAGGUGGCAGCCAGGGCUGGGGGAGAGGAGUGGGAGCCUCGAGAUGCGGGAAGCUCCCGAGGCGCCGGGCAGGCGGCGCGGUGGCGCCUGCAGGGAGCCGCCAGCGGCAGGCCUCGGGCUGGCACGCCGCCCCUCUGCUUCUUCAUCAGCAACGCCCAGGUCGGGGCGCUGAUAGGUCGAGGAGGAACUAAAAUAAGAGAGCUUGAGGACUCUUCGGGUUCUAGGAUACAGGUUGUAAAGGGAGCCUUGGAAGCUGAAGUGAAGAUCUUUGGCAGUGCUGCUGUGCAAAAUAAAGCCAAGACGUUGAUUGAUUGUGCAGUCGCAAACUGUGGACAAAACAACACUAGAGGAAAAACCUUGGAUGUUAUCCAGCCUGAAAAUUCACCAAAAAAAGCAGUGAUUAACUGGGCCUCUCUUCGAGAAAACAGAGCUAAAUAUGAGGCUAUGAAGUGGGCAGACUUGCCUCCAAUUGAGAAAAACUUCUACAAAGAAUCAUUGAGGACUGCAUCUAUGUCACGAGAAGAAGUGGAACUGUGGCGGAAAGAAAAUAAUAACAUAAUGUGUGAUGACUUAAAAGAAGGCAAAAAGCGUUGCGUUCCCAAUCCUGUUUGUAAAUUUGAAGAUGUAUUUGAGGAUUAUCCUGAUAUCAUGGCUAAUAUAAGAAAAACUGGUUUUCAGAAACCUACGCCAAUUCAGUCCCAGGCAUGGCCAAUCAUACUCCAAGGAAUUGAUCUUAUUGGCAUAGCACAGACCGGUACCGGGAAGACAUUAGCUUACUUAAUGCCUGGAUUCAUUCAUUUGGAUUCACAACCAAUAUCCAAAGAUCAGCGUGGAGGGCCGGGAAUGUUAGUCCUAGCUCCCACUCGAGAGCUAGCACUUCAAGUAGAGGCAGAGUGUUUGAAGUACACAUACAAAGGAAUUAAAAGUAUUUGCAUAUAUGGUGGCGGGGACCGUAAAGGACAGAUAAACACGGUUACCAAAGGUGUGGAUAUUGUCAUUGCUACUCCUGGGAGACUGAAUGAUCUUCAAAUGAACAACUUCAUAAAUUUGAAGAGCAUAACGUACUUGGUUUUAGACGAGGCUGACAGAAUGUUGGAUAUGGGAUUUGAACCUCAGAUAAUGAAGAUCCUAAUAGACGUGCGGCCUGACAGACAAACCGUUAUGACAAGUGCUACUUGGCCUGAUGGUGUUCGUCGCCUAGCAAAAUCCUAUUUGAAAAAUCCUAUGAUUGUAUACGUUGGCACUCUUGACUUAGCUGCAGUAAAUACAAUAGAACAGAGAGUUGUUGUUACCACUGAGGAGGAGAAGAGAGCUUUCAUGAAAAGCUUCAUUGACUCAAUGAAACCAAAAGAUAAGGUCAUCAUUUUUGUGGGAAAGAAACUCACAGCUGAUGACUUAGCAAGUGACUUUGGUCUCCAGGGAAUUCCAGUACAGUCUCUUCAUGGUAACAGAGAGCAGUGUGAUCGAGAACAGGCUUUAGAUGACUUCAAGAAAGGCAAAGUCAGAAUCCUGGUAGCUACAGACUUAGCAUCCCGGGGCCUUGAUGUGCAUGAUAUUACUCAUGUUUUUAACUUUGACUUCCCUCGUAAUAUUGAAGAAUAUGUUCAUAGAGUUGGUCGUACUGGAAGAGCAGGACGUACUGGGGAGGCAAUAACACUCGUCACGAAGAAAGAUUGGAAGGUUGCAUCUGAACUGAUUGAUAUUCUAGAAAGAGCAAACCAAGUAGUUCCUGAUGAGCUUAUUUCAAUGGCAGAAAGAUACAAAAAAUUUCAAAUGGAAAAAGACGUGGAACGGGAUAUACGAAGACCUCAAAGAAAACCCCCAAACCAACUGUAAUCCGUGGAAGGUACAAAACAAAAGAACUGGGUUAGUGAAUGUAAGCAGUGUUUGUCAGUCUGACUUAAUACUGUACUUUCACACUGAUAUGCCACAUCUGCAGGGCGUGCAAAAGUAUUUCAGAGAAUAACUAUUUGAAAACUGCUCUGUUUUCAGUAACUGAUGUUUGCCCAAGUGAGUAUUUUAUUUCCAAGCUAACACUAAAGGUCAUUUUUGUUCAGACUUGUCUCAAGCUUUUUUUUUUUUUAGAGAAGUCUGUAUUUCCUCCAAAUGGAAGAGGGCAUAACAAGAAGCAUGUAUUCAUGACUAGAUGAAAAAAGCAGCUUCAGUGUUUCUACUCUGGGGGGUAAUUGUCUAGUUAAGGAAGAAGUGCACGGUUUACUACAGUGAUGUUAACAAAGUCAAUAAAGAGCAUCUUAGGGAAAUACACCUUUGAAGGUCAGCUUCCUUUCAGAUAAAGUUGAUUCGUAUUUUAUGCUUGGAUGUCAGGUUCUGUCCCCACUACUGUUAAGGGUAAUGGGGCAUGUUUUCACUCUUUGGAAGUUUCUUGGAAGGGGCUAUUCCUGUACAAAUGAUACUUGGUCUGAACUUGUGUUUACUCAGGUCAUGUGAGUAACUGGAAAAUUAAUAAACUGAGUCUAGCGAGAUGAGUGUUUUAGUAAGGUUAUUCUCUAAAAGUUCUUCUUCCCUUUCCUCUUCUUUAUUUGGUAAUAAUUGAUGUGAAAUCUGGGCUUUACUUUAGCCUGUAGGUAUUUUGCCUUUAAAAAGUAGGGUAAAAAUACAGACUUUCCUUGGCUCUUUUAAAAACUACAUACUUUUUUAAAAAAAAAAAAGGCAACUCUAAAAUGCUGUGUAUUUUAUCAUCUGCACAAUUCUAGUAAUAGGAAAUGUCAUGGUCCCUUUUUUCCUAACAUAAGAAAACUGAGCUGAAUUCUGUCCAACUCUGAGAGUGUCGGAUUCAGGCUACGUUUUGGUUUUGAAAACCUUUUACAGGAAGACUUCUUCCUCCUUGAUAACGGACUGAAAAGGUAUGUUUUUUCUACAAGAAUCUCCACACAGAUGUUCAAUGACACAAUAACUUCUGUGUUGGAUAAUGAUUGCUUCCCUUCCAAAGUCCAUUGAAAAGGCUAAUUCCCAAAGCAAUUCUGAAGACUCAGAAAGAUGAGUUACUUCAGGAAUGUAAUAUGAUUUUGAUACUGUAUUCUUUUUGCUCACUAAUGCCAGUGAUUGCCCUCUGCAAAGCUCUUCAUACACCCAUUUGACCUGGAGAAGUAGUUCACUUCUAUGUCAAAGUAAUUUCAGUGACUUUUACAAUUCAGCUUUUUUUCUCUUUUUGAAAGCAGGAGUGUAUUCUGGAUAUUCUGCAAUGGAUUUUAAUUUUAAAUAAAAUUGUCAUUUUUCACUUUUAACUAUCCUGUCAUUGGUGCCUUUAUAUUUGGGAUCAUAAUUACA